AUGUUUUAGCCUACUGGUAUUAUUAAGAUGACUAACGUCGCUUUCAUCAAGUAUAAAAUCAAUAACAAAAAGUUUGAGAUUGCUUGUUACAAAAACAAAGCUAUUAAUUGGAGAAACGGAGUAGAAAAAGACAUAGGAGAAGUUCUUUAAUUCGAAGAAGUCUACACUAAUGCAAGUCAUGGAACUAUUGCUAAAAAGCAAGAUCUCUAAACAUACUUUGGAGAUAUGAAAAAGUUAGAUAUUAUUAAGUUAAUCCUCGAAAAAGGUGAAUUAUAGGUAGGAGAGAAAGAAAGAGAAGUUCAAUUAAGUUCUCUGCAAAAUGAUAUAAUUAACAUAGUCUGUGAAAAAUGUGUUCAUCCUGAUAGUUAAAGAAAGUUCUCAAUUGAUCAAAUGUAAAAGGCUAUCAAAAGUAUUAACUUUAAAAUUAAACCAGAUUAGCCUGCAAAAAAACAAGCUCUUGAGUGUAUUCGUUUAUUAUGCAAAAAGUUCUAUAUGUAGAGAGCAGAAAUGUUAAUUAGUAUCAAUUUACCUAGUAUAGAUAAAAAUAAUUUAUUAUCAUAUUUCAAAGAACUUGAAAUAGAAGAGUCAAGCAUUAAAAAAACAGUAAAUAAAGAUAAAAAUAGAGUUGAAUUAGUUGUCAGCAUCGAGCCCUCUAAGUUCCGUUCCAUAAGUACUAUUGCAAAAGAAGAGCUUAAGGACUGUAUUAUUGAAGUCAUUAGCAAUGUAAUUACUAAUGAUUAAACUUAGGAAAUUGAACAAGCAGGAAGUGUUAAUCUCGUUAUAAGAGAAGAUUGGAAAGAUGAUGAAGCCGAUCAAGAUAAGAAAAAAGAUAAAAAGGAUAAAAAGAAAGAGAGUAAAAAUGAAGACAAAGAAUAAAAGAAAGAAAGUGAUGAUGAUGAAGAAGAAUAAAAAUUUGAUGAUUUCGAUGAUGACGAUAAAGGAAAAAAGAAAAAGAAGAAGAAAAAAAAUCCUUAACUUGAUAUGAGAAUGCAGUUGGAAAAAGAAAGGGAAUUUGCAGCUCAGUAAUAAAAAUUAGAAGAAUUGAACAGAGUCAAGCAACAGUUAUUAGAAUAAGAAGAAAAAUAAAAAAAGCCACAAACUGCUGAAAAAACUAAUACAAAUUCUAAAACAGAAGAGAUUAUAAAUAAGGGAAGUAAAAAAUGUACUUCGUGUAAGGAAGCCUACUUUGAAACAAACGAAGAAUAUAGAGCUCAUUUCAAGUCAGAUUGGCAUGUUUUUAAUGUUAAAAGAAAAGCAGCCUCAGAAGCUAUCCUUUCUGAAAUCGAGUAUAAAACUCACAUGUUAGACAUAAAUUUCUAAUGA